AUGGUGGACCUGCUUGCUGCACAGCCUGGGCCCUUGAUGCAGACUCAACGCUCAACACUUCUUGCAAAUGCUCUACGGAAUGCUGCGCAGAACGGACAUUUGGCUGUGAUGCGGCUGCUUGAAACAUUAGGAGCAGAUCCACUGAUACCAGACGGUGAUCAGCGUGUGACAUUCCACAUGGCAGCAGCAGGCGGUCAAGUCAGUGCUGUGAAGCUCCUACGUAACAUGACGCAAGCAGUGCCAGGUGCACAUUCGGCACGUGACCGUGAUGGGCACACUCCAUUGCACGCUGCUGCAGAGCGAGGAAAUCAGCCCAUACACAUUGCUGCAGACAGCGGACAAGCUUCUAUUGCAAUGCUACUCCUGAGUGCACGCAGUGAUGUCAAUGCCAUUGGUGCCCAGGGGCAGCCUUGGAUGAUGGCACAAGCGCAGCAAGAUGUGAAGCUGUCCGUUGCAUUGAAACCUCAUCAGGUGAUCGUAGAUGUGAUGGCAGGCUUCAAGCCAAAGCCGGAUACCAGAGACAUCAGGAGCCUCUUCUUCGGCUACUUGAAGUCGGUUUCUGGCAUUUCACCUGCUGGCUGCGGCAAAGGCGGUGCUGCACUCUUGGAGAAUAUCGAGUCAGAUAUCGUGGCGUUUAUCGAAAAGUUUGGUCUGGACGAAGAAUGCAUGAUACAGCUCAAGCAGCAGUCACCAUCGGUUGCAAGGGAUGUGAUGUCCAGCUUCCAGCCAAAGCCAGAGACGGAAAAUGUCCGCAGCCUCUUCCUUUCUUUUCUGAGAUCCGUUUCAAACGCACAUAGCGGAAAGGGCAAGGGAGGCUUCAAAGGAAAAGAUGGCAAAGAUGGCAAAGGCUUCAAAGGUUCUGCUCGAGUGGCACCCUAUGGAGCUCCAGCAAAUACGCCAGCGAUUGGCAUGUCUGGCAUGGGAGGGAUGUCUUCCUUCAACCAAUUGGGCAUGCAGGACUUCAGGUCGCAGCAGAUGUCUGUGUUUGGUGGAACCAUUGGAGGUGGCGUAGGCAUGCAGCCCGGGAUGGCGAUGGGCUGUGGUGGCUGUCCCGCGUAUGGCGGCUGUGGCGGCUGUGGCGGCUGCGGCUGCUGUGGCUGUGGCGGCUGUGCUGGUUGCAGCUGUGGCUGUGGCUGUGGUGGCUGUGGUUGUGGUGGCUGUGGCUGUGGAUGUGGCGGUUGCGGCUGCGGUUGUGGUGGCUGUGGUGGCUGCGGUGGCUGCUGCGGCGCUUGUGGCUGCCCUUGCGCCUGUGGCUGUGGUGGCUGCGCCGCUUGCCCGGGCUGUGGGAGCUGCGGUGCCUGCGCCGGCGGCUGUGCAGCAAACAGCGGUGCGGUCGUGAGCAAGGAGGUGAUGGAUUUCUGCAAUCAGUGGCAGCUUGAUAGCAAGUGCGUAGAUUACCUGGCAUCUCAGGGGCCAGAGGUGCAGCGCGAAGCCAUCGAGAAGUUUCGUCCCAAGCCAGGCACCACCAAUGUCAGUGGACUCUUUAUGGGUUACCUGAACUCCCUUGUGAAAUGGAGAUAGGGCCAGUAGGGGAGUUCGGUGAGCUGCUGUGACACUUGACUAACUGCAUCAUCAUGAUGCAUCACCUCGCCAGAAGGCCAACAUUUCCCGAAAAACCCGAAUUCCGAAUCCUAUGUCGCCGUGUGUCCCACGUUGAGUCAGCAAAAAACAUGGAAUGAAAUGCAACAUCAUGCAACAUUCUCA